CCCCCCUUUGGCCAAUGGCAUCGAGCAAAAGGCCCAGCCUCAAUUUUGCGCAUCGCAGCGCAUUUAUUCUGCUUAUAUCCAUCACCAUCACCCUUUUUUUACCUAAAUCUUUGUUGAACUUUCUUCGACAAGCAAAGUCCCUCUUCUAGACAAAGGGAUAAGGUAUCAGGUGGUGUUGAAUAUAACUACUCCUUUGUUCUGAUCGUGGUCAGAUUUGAUUGCUGCAUUCAUUUGCACAGUCAUUCUACCAUACCCAUCAGCCAUGUCAGCUCCUACUUCACCAAAGCCAGAGGUUGCCAAUGGUUCCAACGGUAUCUCCUCCAACAAUGGUCAUCCCGCAACAGGAGGCAAAUCCUUCACCACAUCAAUCACAAACAACACCCCCAAAUUCAAAGAAGAGAAUGGAACAGAUUCCCUCUCUGAACCCGAUACACCACCAAGACCACACGUUGGCGGCAAAUCACUCGCCAGCUUAAACGGAGCGCGAAGUGCAAUAAAGGCGGAAGAAGAAGAACAAGAUGAAAUGGACGAAGAUAUUGAUGAAAUUGGAUCACAUGGCGAUGAUGAAGAUGACGAUGAUCCAAGUAAACAUAGCAAUGCAGAUCGUAUUUCACCUAGACAAUCCGAUUUCGAAGCAGAUCCGGCUUUAUGGGGCCUUCGUCGUUCUGGUCGUGCUUCGAAAAAGGUUUACGCGGAUAGUAGUGCGGGAGAAGAUUCGGAUGAAGAUGCCGGCUCUUCAAGCAGAUCAAAGAAGAACAGUCUUCGUAGAAAAAUCUCAGCUAUUCCUUCUCGACUUUCCGAAACUUAUCACGAAGGAACACCACCCUCUUCAGCCGGCGAUGAAGAUGAUGAUGACUUUGGCGGCAGAAAGGGCGGCGGUUUCUCAAAGAAGAAGUUCAAAAUCAAAUCCCGUGGCAGCUCUUCUGGCAAAUAUACACCCACACAAGCUGAAAUUGAUGCAUCUCGUAUCUCCUCACGUAACGGUAAACGCUUGCCCAACUAUAAUGAAGACAACUAUGGCGUAGAUGCAUCAGAGGAAGAUGAUCCCUUUGAGGACAAAUUAACACGUCAAAAGCAACAAGAAGCAGCAACGAUGGAAGAAGAGGAGACAAUCGACGGUGUAUUCGGGCAUGAGCGAGACGAUCAACAGGUAAAUGACGAGCCGGAUGACCCGUACAAGAACUUACGAUUCAUCAUCAAAUGGAAAGGCUAUUCCCAUUUACACAACACCCAAGAAUUGUACGACUUUCUCAAACCUAUCAAAGGCUUCAAAAAGGUGGAGAACUACGUCAAGCAGAUUUGGACAGCUCAAAAUGCUCUCUUGACCGAUCCUACCGUAAGCAAGGAAGAAGUGGAAGCUGUCGAGAUAGAAAAGGAGCGCGUUCGUGAUACUCUCGAAAGUUACAAGACUGUCGAACGUAUCAUCUCUCAAAGGGACAGUCCGCCUUCGAACGAAUUCCCAUACAAGCACGUCACUUUCCUUUGCAAGUGGAAAGGGUUGCCAUAUGCAGACUGUACGUGGGAAGCGGAAGACGAUAUUAAACCGAUCGCCAAAGAUGCAAUCGAUGCAUAUCUCAAACGUUCCACGUCAGCCUGCACACCAUCACGUAGUGCAUACUACAAAGAGAGACCCAAGUAUACCAGAAUGACCGAACAACCUGCUUACAUUACCGUUGGUGGGCAAUUGAAGGAGUUCCAAAUGACUGGAUUGAACUGGUUGGCUUAUUUGUGGAGCAAGAACGAGAAUGGUAUCUUGGCAGAUGAGAUGGGUCUGGGUAAAACUGUGCAAACGGUGUCCUUCUUGUCCUACCUGUACCACUCUGUUCACCAAUACGGUCCUUUCCUCGUGGUUGUUCCGCUAUCCACCCUUCCCGCUUGGAUGCAACAAUUCGAGAAUUGGGCACCCGAUCUGAACGUGAUUGCUUAUACAGGCAACACUGCUAGUCGUGAAAUGAUUCGCGAAUAUGAGUUCGGCUCAUACAAAAAGCUUCAGUUCAACGUCUUGGUCACCACGUACGAAUUCAUUCUCAAAGAUCGUGCUGAAUUACAACAAAUCAAAUGGCAAUACUUGGCCGUUGAUGAAGCGCACAGAUUGAAAAACUCUGAAUCUCACUUGUAUGACGCUCUCAAGACCUUUUCUACCGCUGGCAAGUUGCUGAUCACCGGUACACCUCUACAGAACAACAUCAAAGAAUUGAUUGCUCUUUUGCACUUCCUUCGACCGGACGAAUUCGAGUUGGAGGUUGACCACGACAACAACGUGGAUCAAGCAAUGAUUGACGAAUUGCACAAAAAGCUAGACAACGUCAUGUUGCGAAGAUUGAAAAAGGAUGUCGUCAAAGAGUUGCCAACCAAAUCCGAAAAGAUUCUACGUGUGGAAAUGUCUGCAAUGCAACAGAGGAUGUACAAAGCCAUCUUGACAAGAAACUACUCGGUGUUGAGUGCACAGUCUAGUGCGCAGAUCAGCUUGUUGAAUGUUGCCAUUGAACUCAAGAAAGCCGCCAAUCAUCCAUACUUAUUCGACGGCACUGAAGUGCAAAGCGAUCGAAGAGAUGAAAUUUUGAAGGGACUAAUCAUGCACAGCGGCAAGAUGGUUCUUUUAGACAAAUUACUCACCCGUCUCAAGGCUGAUGGUCACCGAGUGUUAAUCUUCAGUCAGAUGGUGCGCAUUCUUGAUAUCUUGUCCGACUACAUGUCUAUUCGCGGUUAUCAAUUCCAACGAUUAGAUGGUACGAUCGGCAGUGAAACCAGAAAGAAGAGUAUCGAACAUUUCAAUGCAGAAGGAAGUACCGAUUUCGCUUUCUUACUCAGUACACGUGCAGGUGGAUUAGGUAUCAAUUUGGAAACUGCUGAUACGGUUGUGAUCUUUGAUUCGGAUUGGAAUCCUCAAAAUGACUUACAAGCAAUGGCGCGUGCACAUCGUCUCAAUUCUAAAAAUCACGUCAGUGUCUAUCGUUUCUUGACCAAGGAUACCGUAGAGGAAGAUGUCUUAGAAAGAGCAAAGCGUAAGAUGGUCUUGGAAUAUGCGGUUAUUCACCAGAUGGACACUUCUGGUACCAACUUUGCACCAAAGACCAAAGAAACGAAACGGGAACAAUUCAGCAAGGACGAAUUGAGUGCAAUUCUCAAAUUUGGCGCUCAAAGCAUGUUCAAGAACGAAGAAGAAGGUCAACAAAAGAAGUUGGACGAAAUGGACUUGGAUGCAAUUUUGAGCAAUGCUGAAGCUCAUGAAACGGAAUUGGAUCCUACCGGUGCUAGUAGUGGUGGUGCUGAAUUCUUGCAACAAUUUGCACAAGUUCAAGACUUUAAAGCGGAUGAUGUCAGUUGGGAUGAAAUCAUUCCGCUCGAAGAACGAUUAAAGAUUGAAGAGGAAGAAAGACAGAAAGCCGUUGAAGAAGCCAAAGCAGCAAGCGCUCCUCGUAAACGUGCAGCUGCAGCACAAGUCAAACCAGGUGCAUACGAAGCCGGUGAAGGCGAACAAAGCGAUGGCCAACAACAAGCCAAAACGACAACGGCAAAAGGUAAAGCGGCAGCGGAAAAGCCCAAAAAGACAACUGCACAAAGAACAUUGGACCUUAGCGAACGUGAUGUUCGAGUUUUAGUGCGCGGAAUUCAUCGUUGGGGAGAUGUUCGAUACAGACCUGAGCCUAUUCUUAAAGAAGGCAAGUUGCACAACAAAAAUAAAAGUGUUUUGCACGAAGUUUCGGAUGAAUUGAUGAAAAAAUGUCAAGAUGGUGUUGACGCACAUGAUAAGAUGUUCCGAGAAAUGACUGCACGUGGAGAGGAAAUCAGUUCAGCAUUACGUCAAAAAGCAGUUUUGGUGGAAAUUCGAAAAGUUAAUCAAAUCAAUGCUGAAACGACUUUGUUGCGUCAUCAUGGCUUGCGAUUCUUGGCCCAAAUGCUGGAUCAUGUCGAAGACAAAUCAACAUGGCAAUUGCCAGAAUGGAUGAAAGCACUUAAGCCGCCGUCAGGAUGGACGUCCAAUUGGACUCACGAAGAAGAUGCAAGAUUGUUAGUCGCCGUUUACGAGCACGGAUUCGGUCAAUGGGACUUCCUAGCAGAAGAUCCAAGUUUGGGUCUGUCAGACAAAGUUUUCUUGGAAGAAGGAAAACAAGCUCCCCAAUACACUGUGAACGAACAAGGUGAAAAGGUAUUCAAACAGAAGCCUAUUCCAAGUGCAAUCCACCUCGUCCGAAGAGGAGACGCACUCUUGCGUGCCAUGCGUGAUCAUGAAUUGGGUAAACAAGUCGGAGGUGGAGAUGAAUCUAUGACAAUGACUGCAAAGGGUAAAUCAGGAAGAAAGCGCAGUCCAAAUGCCGUUUCUGCAAGUCCAAUGCCUCAAAGCACAGGCGUAGGAGGAGGAUCAAAGAAAGCAAGAAAGUCCAAUUACGAUUAUUCUGAUGAUGAGUCUGAUCAAUCCAGUUACUCGUCAAUGGAUGAAGCAGAAUGCAAAGAAUUGAUGCGACCUUGCAAAAAGCAGCUCAAGAGAUUGAAAGAAGGUACUGAUCAUCUAGGUCGAGAAGAAAAAGUGGCAGUUUUGAAAGAUUGCUUGAGCGCGAUUGGUGGACAUAUCGAUAGUGUUGUACAAACGGAUGAAGAACUUGCAAAAUUAAGCACUGCUAUGAAACGCAAAUGGGUACGACAUCUUUGGUGUUUCUCCAGCUAUUUCUGGCCAAAACCUGUCAAGCCUUCUAAAUUGCGCGGAAUUUUCCAUAAACUCGUUGGACCUUCUGCUUCCACCAACGGUACGGCAGCUGAUGAUGACAAUUCAACUUCAGCCAAACGGAAGGAGUCUCAAGAGCUCGGUGGAUCUGCUAAAAAACCAAAGCUUUCAUCUUAACAUGUACAUUCCAUCUCCGAAACGAACCCAUCACCAUUCAAUGUUACACCUACUAUUUCCGUAGAUAAUUCUUAUGCUCGUGUAAAAUCCUUUUAGAAUCAUACCAUUUUGAUGCACUCGAAAGAGUAUGAUGUGUGAAUGUCUAAAAAU